AUGCCCCUGUGGAAGAAGUGGUUGCUGGCCCUCCUGCUGGGCGGCAUCACCUUCGUCGUCACCUUCGCCAGCACUGUCUUCAGCACCGCCACCGAGGCCACCGCGAUCGAGUACGGUGUGUCCGCCGAGGUCACCACGCUGGGCACCAGCCUGUUCGUCCUGGGCUUCGUCUUCGGCCCCGUCGUCUGGGGUCCCAUGAGCGAGCUGUACGGCCGCAAGACCCCGCUGCUCAUCGGCUAUGGCAUCUUCGUCGUCUUCCAGAUCCCCGUGGCCGUCGCGCAGAAUCUCGCGACCGUCAUCGUCUGUCGCUUCCUGGGCGGCGUGGGAGCGGCGGCGCCCCCGUCCAUCGUCGGCGGCUAUCUGGCCGACUUCUUCGACCCCUUGCGGCGUGGUCUCGCCGUCGCCAUCUUCACCACCUGCAACUUCCUGGGCCCGAUCGUGGGGCCCAUCAUCGGCGGCUUUGUGACCUCCAGCCAUCAUCUGGGCUGGCGUUGGAACACCUGGAUCACCAUGAUCCUGGGCGCCGGCUUUGGCACAGCGGGCCUGGUGCUGCUGCCCGAGACGUAUGCGCCUGUUCUGCUCCAGCGCAAGGCGCGCAGGAUCCGCUACGAGACUCGCAACUGGGCCAUCCACGCCAAGCUGGGCGAGUCGCCCGUCGACUGGAAGGCCAUUGUGGUCAAGUAUCUGGGCCGACCGUUCAUCAUGCUGGUGCAGGAGCCCAUCCUGUUCCUGAUGACGCUGUACACCAGUUUCAUCUACGGCUUCAUCUAUCUCCUCUUCGAGGCCUACCCGGUCAGCUUCUACAACCAGCGCGGCUACAGUCUCGGCGUGAGCGCGCUGCCAUUCAUCGCCAUCGGCAUCGGCGUCAUCGCCGGGUCGUCCUACAUCUACUACGUGACCCAGACGCGCAUGAAGCGCAGCUUCGAGCAUCACGGCAAGAUGGUCCCCGAGGAUCGACUGCGGCCCAUGAUUGUCGGCGCCGUCUUGCUCCCCAUCGGCUGUUUCUGGUUUGCCUGGACCUCCUCGCCGCAUAUCACUCCCUGGCCGCAGAUCAUUGCCGGCGUGCCCCUCGGCGCCGGUCUGCAGAUCCUCCUGCUGCAGGGGUUGGCCUACAUCAUCGACGUGUACCUGAUUCAUGCCAACUCGGCCAUGUCUGCGAAUACGAUUGUUCGUUCGUGCUUUGGCGCGGGCUUUCCCAUGUUUACCACGGCCAUGUAUCAACGAUUGGGGGUUAACUGGGCAACCAGCUUACUGGGCUUUCUCGCCAUCCUGUUCUUGCCUGUCCCGGUUUUGUUCUAUCUUUUCGGCGCCCGCAUCCGACGCAGGAGUCGAUUAUCUUGGCUUUUUUUUCAGGCCCUAACCACUCUCCUAUUAUUAAUACGUAUAAUUUCUUUCAUGGUGGGUAGAAGGAAGGCUACUGUAGCGACUAAAUGGGAUAUGAUAUGUCAUUGCUAA